AAGAUCACGUGUCAAGGACGUACAAUUCUUUGCGCUGUGAAAUGAACAAGUUGAACAUGUGGAAGGUCAGAGUUCACUCUGAGCUCAGCAAAAAGGAGGAAGCUGUCAGAAUGGCCCAGGAGACGGCCGACGCUCUGCAGAAAUCAACUCGACAAACACAGCUUGAAAAUGUACACCUCAGCGCGCAACUUCAAGACGUGAUUGACAUCAAAGGAGAUUUAAUGGAGAAGAUCCGUGCCACCAGGCAGAUGUGUGACGAUCUGAAGGGCCAGUCCUCUUCAGUGCAACAAACAUUAACCAGAGCUGAAACAGAACAAGAAGAAGUGGAAGCUGUUCAUUCGUCGCUGAAAGCAGAACUGAAGACGUUUGCGGUGACUUUCAGCGAAUUGAAUUUAAAGUCUCAAAAUGACAAGAAUAUUGAGUUGGGCAAAGUGGAAGCAGCCGUGGAAGCGACGGGGAGAGCGCGGUGGGACUUUGUAAACAAGUUGACGAUUAAAGAAAGCCAGGCCAAAGAAAUGUCCGAGCUGUUGGAGUUAAAAAAUGAAGAGCUCAAAAUGGCCUCGCAAAAGCUGCAAGAUUCCAUUGAAAGCUGCGCUCGACUCGAAGAAACAGAGCGCAACUUUCAAGCACGGCUUGAGCAAAUGCAGAAAGAAAGUGGUACCCUGAAACUCGAAGUAAAUCGCCGUCGGGAAAUUGAAAGCACGCUGCAGGCUGGGAUGCAAAACGCGGAGAGAAGUUUUGCGGAGAAGGAGCGAGAGUUCACCGCAAGCACCGCGGGGCAGCGGCUGUCGUGCGACAAGCUGCAGCACGAACGUCGGGACCUGAACGUGAUUGUGCAAAACCUGGAGAAGGCAAACGAAGAGUUGACAGCAGCAGCCAGCCAGAGGCGCAGCGAAGAAGCUGAGAUUCGUAGCAGGCUUGAAAGAAAUAUUCGUGAAAAAAAUACAGAAAUAGGUAGGCAACGUUUUGAGAGUGUCAGUGACCAUUGCGAGUGUUAAUUAUUUAUCGCACGU